AGAUAGAGAAGGUGGGAAGAAGAGAAACAUUGGCCGUUCCAUGCCUGCCAGCGCAACUUGAGCCGGUCCACUCCCUGCGCGUGCAGUCUUGGGAGGGAUACCCUGGAAAAACCCACAUGUCCCUCGUUUUGAUUCCCAGUCACUCCCUGGAAGUCAUGCCGGCAACCUGAAGUCCUAUUCUCUUACCCAUCGCGGCUUGCCACAACAGCUAUUUUGACACUUGUUUUGCGUCCCGAGCCUUUUGUCUUUUUACUUCUUUCACCCCUGCGUUGCUCGUCGGGCAAUCCUAUUCCGUCACUGCCGCGGUUCAGGGUCCACAGCUUACUCUUCCCGACGUUCCAUCCAUCCUUGGCUUUCUUUUUUGGCCUGAUGGGAUCGUACGUGCACGCGGGAUUUUACCUAAGCAUAGCCUCCCCCGGCCCCUGUUUCCGCCAUCUGACAAAGUUCUGUGCCUGGCAGCGCUUGUCGCCAUCGUUUGUUCCUCCUUUGUGCAUCCGCCUUCACUCGUUUGCAGCGGUACACAGCCCUCACCUUCUUUUCGCCCGUGACUCUGUGGCUGUCUUCCUCUUUGUCCUGCCUCCGAUUCCGACGCCCUAAACGUUGGCCACCUCCAGCUCAACCGAGAGAGGUCGACCUAGGACCCAAGACACGCGGCCUCCGGAAAAGGAGAGUGACAGAAGAGACAGAACGCAGCGAACCACCUAUCGCGAAUAUCUUGAAGAGUCAUUGGACGAGGCUUCGAGGCGCGCCUCGCCUGUGCUGCUGGGGCUUUCCCGAUCGACCAUCUGCCCUUAUCGGGCCCCGCGAUCGGCAAGAUGGAAGCCCUCGUACGAGUGAUUCCUGAGCUGGUAGCCAGGCAAGCACCCGACGACUCUGCGCAGGAGUUCCUGAAGCUGCUACGGAACCCCUUCAACACCCUGCUGCAAACCAAAUCGUUGGUGUACUCCUUAGGUACCUCGAUCGGCAUCACUGCGGGCAUUGCGCUCACCUUCUCACUCCUCCGACCGUACAACGGCGUCGUAUACGCCCCGAAACUCAAGCAUGCCGACGAGGCACAUGCACCACCACCCCUGGGGAAGGGCAUCUUCGCCUGGGUCGUCCCCUUGUGGAAGACGGACGAGAAGGACUUGAUACGCCUCGUAGGCCUGGACGCUGCCUUGUUCAUACGCUUUACCAGGAUGCUGAGGAACUUGUUCUUCAUCCUCGCCGUCGUUGGUUGUGCCGUCCUCAUCCCCAUCAACAUGUCGAAAAGCACCGACCAAGACUGGAUCAUGAAGAUCACCCCCCGUGCCACCGGCUUCGGCGCCGGGGCUUUCAACCAAUGGCAUACGGUUGGAUUCGCCUACUUCUACACCCUGACCGUGUGUGGCUUUCUGUGGUGGAACUAUAAGAAGGUUCUGGACCUGCGCCGCAUCUACUUCCUGAGCGACGAGUAUCAGAACAGCCUACACGCCCGGACUCUGAUGAUGUACGACAUCCCCAAAGAUAAGGCAUCCGACGAAGGAAUCGCCAGGGUCAUCGAUUCGAUCGCCCCCAACUCGUCUUUCUCCAGGACCGCCGUUGCUCGAAACGUCAAGGUUCUGCCCGAGCUCAUCGCCCAGCACGAGAAAACUGUGCGGAAGCUGGAGGAGGUUUUGGCCAAGUACCUCAAGGACCCCAAGAACCUGCCGCCUAAGCGGCCGCAGUGCAAGCCGUCCAAGAAGGACCGGUCAUUCAAUACGUAUCCAAAGGGGCAAAAGGUCGACGCCAUUGACUACCUGACACAGCGCAUCAAGGACCUCGAGGUCGAGAUCAAGGAGGUCAGGGCUAGUGUCGACAAGCGGAACAGCAUGACAUAUGGCUUUGCCUCGUACUCUGACAUCAGCGAGACCCACGCCAUUGCCUUUGCGGCUCGCAAUAAACACCCCAUGGGAACAACCAUCAAGCUGGCUCCGAGGCCAAACGACAUCAUCUGGGACAACAUGCCGCUGACAAAGGCAACCAGGAAGCGACGUCGAUUUAUUAUCUCUCUCUGGAUCCUUCUGCUGACUAUUCUCUGGAUCGGCCCUAACGCUUGCAUUGCCAUGUUCCUGGUCAACUUGAGUAACCUCGGCCAGGUGUGGCCUGCCUUUGGCCAGAACCUCAGAGCCAACCAGGAAUUUUGGCAGCUUGUCCAGGGUGUUGCGAAUCCUGCCAUCACCUCGUUGAUCUAUAUGGCGCUCCCCGUCAUCUUCCGGCGGCUAUCGAUGCGUGCCGGUGACCAGACAAAGACUGGCCGAGAGCGUCACGUCACGGCCAAGCUGUACUCCUUCUUCGUCUUCAACAACCUCAUCGUCUUCUGCCUCUUCAGUGCCCUCUGGGGAUUCGUCAGCAACGUGGUCGAACAGACCUCCAAGGGCAGAGACGCAUUCCGAGUCAUUAUCCAGGAGGAAGUUGCAAUGAGUUUCAUGACUUCGCUCUGCACCAUAUCCCCCUUCUGGAUCACCUACAUUCUCAACCGUCAGCUCGGUGCGGCUAUCGACCUCGCCCAGUUUUGGCCACUGCUUUGGAGUUUUAUCCGGCGCAAGUUCUUCAACCCGACACCCCGCGAGUUGAUUGAGCUCACCGCUCCGCCGCCGUUCGACUAUGCGAGCUACUACAAUUUCUUCCUCUUCUACACCACUGUGGCGAUAUCAUUCGCUCCGAUCCAGCCCCUGAUAAUCCCCGCCGCGGCGCUCUACUUUGCCCUAGACGUGGCACUGAGGAAGUACAUUCUCAUGUACAUUUUCGUGACCAAGACCGAGUCGGGCGGCAUGUUCUGGCGUGUGCUGUUCAACCGCGUACUUUUCGCGACCUUCCUCAGCCAUACGGUCGUAUUCCUUAUCACCUGGGUGCGCGGUGACGUCUUCAAACGCUACGACUCCAUGGCUCUUGGUCCGUUGCCGGUGAUCCUGAUCAUCUUCAAGAUUUACUGCCGCAAUGCGUUCGACACCAAGAUCCACUACUACAGCACCAGGGUUAUUGCGAGCCCCGACAACGAGAACGGCAUGGCGGUGGGCAAGGAGUCGCACCGCAACGACCGCCUCGCCGCCCGGUUCGGCCACCCGGCGUUGUACAAGCCUCUCGUGACGCCAAUGGUCCACGCCAAGGCCCAGAACAUCCUCGCCUCGGUUUACCAGGGCCGGCUUUCUGACGGAAGGGAGGCCAUGUCUGGCGAUACUAUGUCUGUGUCGGGAUACUCGGAUACAUACCGCCUGGACGCCAUGCAGGCCGGAAAACCGGGCAGGUCCAUGGCAGCGAUGCCUGGCUUCGAGCUGGUGCCCGAGUCGAAGCUCGACUUUGAGUUCUACAAGAACCGUGACGAGUUCGCCGAGGACCACGGAGGCGGCGAGAUCUACAACACGCGCCCGGGCACACCCAGCCUACACAGUGGCGGCCCGGAUUCGCGACCAUCUACUCCUGUUGGCGGUAUGACCGGGCGACGCCAGUUCUCUGCAGCCCAGCCGAUGCGCCCUGAGCCCACCUCCCGAUCCACCUCGGCCGGUCCUGCCGCCUACGCCCCGUAUAACCCGCAGUCUGGUUACAACAGCCCGGGCCCGCAAUACCCCGGCCAGCAGUCGCCCUACGGCAUGUCCUCUCCGCAGGGCUCAUAUGGCCAGCCUCCUCAGCAAGCAGCACACGGCGACACGUCACGCACGCGUUCGCCCCUUUAUGGGAUGGGCACCGCGGCGAACGACAGCGGCUCCAAUCUGGUGGGCCACGCCGCCGGCAUGCCUCUUUCGCCACCAUCAGGGGCUGCCGUCCGUGGAUAUGCGGGAGGCCACCAGACGCCCUCAACCCCUGGUUCCGAGCUUGGCGGCGGCGGUCACGCCCCUGGGAUGCUGGGGGGUGGACCUCAGGGCUAUGGAAACCUGCCGCAGGAGGAUACCCAAGAUCCCAUGACUUACGACUACUUUAGAGGCGGCAACAGUUCCAGACGGCGAUGAUGAAAGAUGGACCAUCCACCUGGGCUGACCAUGGUUUGGCGUUUUUGCAACUUGUUUUUUUCGCAUUUCCUUUUUUAUUCAGCUACUUUUCUCUCGUAGCACAUGAUUUGCUACUCAUUUCUGUCUGUCUAGCAAUUUUCUCGUCUCUCUUUAUCACGACAUAGACUUGGGCAUGAGGUGCACGUUUCUCGUUGCAGAUCAAGACUUGAGUCGGUCUCGGAUCGCUUCUUCUACAAUCUUCUAAUACUUGCAUCAUAUCGGCACUUUUUGAGCCAAGCAUGCUUGCCUUGCUCGCCUUUUCUGGCCAAAGGAUAGAGAGUAUGGGUUCCUUCCAGAUGGAUAUGGGUUUUGCACAAAUUGAAGAAAUUGCCGCCA